UCAGGACUUAUUUCAGCCAUACGAGUGAGGUGGCUUGGAACAUUCUGUGCUGUAGAAAACAAUGGCUUCUUUCUCUAUGGAAGAUUUUGUUGGAAAUGGAGCUCUCAAGGGACUGCUUCCAAAGCUACUAGAGGAAGGUUGGGAUGAUGUACCAACCUUGAAGAUUAUGAACUCAGAAGAUAUGGAUGCAAUAAAUAUGUCACAACAACAUAAGGAUGCACUGGAAAUCAGAUCAUACCUCCAUGAUCGCGUCUUGAUGCAAUAUGGGGAUGUGUUUGAGACCUCUGGAAAAUCUUUGCCUGAGCUUCUUAUCCUAAGUUCAGGGGAUCUGUCUUCCCAAUUUGGUAUGAAAAGAGGUCAUAUAGCUCGAUUCAUGGACAGAACAAGUGCAUGCACAGAUCCAUUGCCCAAAUCACAAGUUCUCUCUGCAAGGAGAACCAUUAGCACCACAUCUAGAAACAAUACCAUUUACAAGAGUUAUGCAUCUGUCAGCUCUAAAAAGAUGCAAGGUAUAACAAGAUCCCCGACAGGAACUGGUGCGAAUUCUGGUAAGGCACUUGAACAAUCAGCAUCUGAUUUUAAGAUCAAAGAUGGAUACAUCUUUAAAGGAAUUGUUGCUGCGGGACCUGCUGAGCCUCGAGCAUGUGGUUGUGUACAACCUCCUCCUAUAUCUGACCAAGCUGCUCCUUACUCUGCCAUCGAGAACAUCUCAAUUGAAAAACUAACCCCCGAAUACAAGAUUGGCAUGGAACGUUUGGUGAAAACAAAGACACCUCCAAUGAAGGCUCUAGUGCUGUGGCGUGAAAAACCAACUGUUCUCCUCUGCAUCCGACGUCCUGGGUGCAUCAUGUGCAGAGCUGAAGCUCACCAGCUGUAUGCCAAAAAACCUCUAUUCGAUGCCUUAGGAUUUCAACUAGUCGCAGUUCUUCACGAGUACAUAGAAUCGGAGGUAAAAGACUUCUGGCCACGAUAUUGGGGUGGUGUUAUAGCGUAUGACCAGGGGAGGGAAUUCUUUAAAGCCCUUGGGGGUGGAAAGCUACUCAAGGACAAGUUCCUAUCAGGUUUUGUUUUUAACCCCCGAGCUAUUGUAAACUACAAGCGCGCAAAAGCCAUGGGAGUAGAGCAAAACUUCAAAGGAGAAGGUGAAAUUAAGGGGGGACUCUUUAUAGUUGGCAGAGGAAGGAGCGGCAUUGCUUAUCAGUUUAUUGAGAGAAAUUUUGGUGAUUGGGCACCUGUAGCUGAAGUAAUUGAGAUCUGUACCCAACUGCAGAACCAACAGCAAGGUCAAUCAGAGUCAAUCAAAUCAACAGCAGAAUAUGAAUGAAGUUUGUUGUGUUAUCCAUAUCUUCUCCAGAUUUGUGUUUAAUAUAUUCUAUAUCUUGUAAUUUCAGCACAGUGAACACUCCCUUUU